AUGGUUAAUGCUAUUCGGCUGUUCGAAACUACGCUAAGGAUAGCAACACGGUAUACGAUAAUAGCAUGGAUAUUACCGUUUGUUUCGGCAAAAGAUGCUCGCCCUCACCCUAGAACAGAUAUAUCGGCGUGUAAAUUGGCAGCCAAUAGCGAUGUUUACCUUAGUGCGGGAUUCGGAUACGAGCUGAACUGCGCUCCUAGCACUGGUACCUUGAGCGCAUUCAUGAUAUUCGUCGAUUUUGAUGAUCAAGCCGCUAUCGAAACCCCUCAGAGCCUGUACGACUUCUUCUUACCGGCAGCGGCGGAAUGGUAUGCCACGUCGUCAUACGGAGCGCUCACACUAAAUGUCACUGCCGAUACGUCGCGUUUCUAUCGGAUGCCUGCCAAGGCAGAUUCUUACGGAUGGCAGCGCGGCCUCAGUUACGAACUGCAUCAAAAGUACAUACAAGAUGCGUUAGAUGCGUAUGGAAAGAUCAUCCCAUCCACUGAUGUGCUGUACAUCGUCCCAACAUCUAACGCCGCCGCCAUCUCUUUCUCGCCUACAUUCAUGGGCGACGUCGAGACACGCGCCGGGACAUAUGUUGCCAAGAAGUCGGUAACAUUCGGCUUAGACGCAUAUAAAACUUGGAAGUAUCUUGUCUUGAACCAUGAGACGGGUCACACGAUGUGUUUGCCUGAUUACUACCCCUUCAACGGAAGCGCAACUGGUUUGUUCAUAGGAGGAUGGGAUUUAAUGGGACUUAUUAGUGGGCCGAGUCCUGAUUAUUUUGCGUGGGAUAAGUGGCGGCUGGGAUGGUUAUCCGAUGAACAAAUUGACUGCGUCGCGGAAACGGGCUCAACGACACAUACAUUGACUCCAUUAGAGAAACCAGGAGGCUCUAAAGCCGUGGUCAUUAAACACAGCGGCACGGACGUACUGGUGGCAGAAUUACGGUCAGCUAGCAGCCUCGACUCUGCAUCUUGUUCAACCGGCGUACUACUUUACACGGUCUCGACAACGACAGCAACAGGAGAAGGUCCUGUUCGAGUGUUAGAUACAACCCCUGGGUCGAGUGGUUGCGCAGGCGAUAAGUUGAACGAUGCACCACUAUCCCUGGCAGGGACAAGUUCAUAUACUAUUCCAGGUUGGGGUAUCAAAGUCACGGUUGUGAGCGAGUCUAAUGCCGGGGUUGACAUUAAGGUGGACGUUUCGUGA